AUGAACAAUUCCACAAUCACAAAAUUCGGACGCUCGAUGCGUUCCGAAUUCCUAUUUGAAGACGCCCACAUUUCGCUGAACCACGGCUCAUACGGAAAAUCUCCAAAAAGUGUUUUAGAGGCAUUCCGAAAAUUUCAAGACAGGGCUGAAAGUGCCCCAGACAAAUGGACGCGUCAAGAUUUGGCAGUUGAACUUGAUAAAGCACGAGCAAAGGCUGCCGCUUUUGUGAACGCGGACGUUAACGAAAUUGUAUUUGUGCAGAAUACUACUACGGCUGUUAAUGCUGUGUUGAAGAGUUUGAGUUAUCAAGAGGGGGAUAAGUUGUUGUUUUUUUCGACUGUUUAUAAAGCGGUUAGAGAGCUGUUAUACUUUAUUCGAGACACAAGCGGCGGGAAAGUUUCAUUGAUUGAGAUUAAGGUUAUUUAUCCUAUAAGCGAUGACGACCUAGUAGCAAACCUCACAAAAAGAAUAGAAGCAGAGCAUCAAAAUCCAAAAUCCCGAAUAAAAUUAGCAUUAAUUGAUGCAAUAUCGUCUAUGCCUGGUGUCAUUGUCCCAUUUCAACGUAUAAUCCCACUCCUAAAACAGCAUAAGAUCCUUUCGGUAAUUGAUGGUGCACACUCGAUUGGUCAAAUACCACUAAACAUAAGAGCCCUUGAUCCAGAUUACUUUGCUGCAAAUUUUCACAAGUGGUUGUAUACUGUUCGAGGGUCGGCUAUUCUCUACGUUCCAUAUCGGAAUCAACAUGGUUUGCAUCAUCCGAUAACUAGCAUGUAUUAUUCGAAGGGAUUUGUGGAUGAAUUCAGUUGGGUAGGAACGCAAGAUUUUAGUUCCUACUUAACCAUCACCGCCGCGCUCGAAUUCCGUCAAAAAAUAGGCGGCGAGGCACUAAUCCAACAAUACUGCCACCGCUUGGCAUGGGAAGGUGGAUGCUUAGUAGCCUCAAUUCUCGGCACAGAAGUAAUGGGCCCCGAAAGUCUAGUCGCACAUAUGGUAAACGUUCGACUUCCCGUGCAGGAUUCGCCUGAAAUUCAAGAGUUUAUGAAAACUCAGUUCAUCAAGAUUUCAUUCAAAAAGUAUAAUUGCACUGUGUUGGAGUUCGAGCAUGGUGAUGCCUGGUGGGUAAGAUUAAGUGCACAAAUUUAUACUGAUUUGAGCGAUUUUGCAUAUGUAGGAAAGGCGUUGAAAGAGAUAUUUAGCGGGUUAAUUGUGAAUUCGAGUAAAUUGUAA